CAAUAUCCAUCUCUCUCUAUCUCAAACUCGUUUCCAAAAUCAUCAUCUCUCAAUCUCUAGGGUUUCGAGUUUUUUUUUUUUCCCUCAAAUCAAUCACCUUAUUAAGGUUUCGUUUUUGUUAUAAUAUCUUGGAUUCAAUAGAAGAAGAUACUACAAACUCCGGAUCGUUUUCAAAUAUUCUUAUACAUCAAAAAAAGCGUGAAUGAGAUUAUGAUGGAAUCGAAAGCUGGUAAUAAGAAGUCAAGCACUAGUUCCUUAUUUUACGAAGCACCCCUCGGUUACAGCAUUGAAGACGUUCGUCCUUUCGGUGGAAUCAAGAAAUUCAAAUCUUCUGUCUACUCUAACUGCGCUAAGAGGCCAUCCUGAGUACCACUAGUUCAUCUCCCUCCCAUAGCUUUCCAAUUAUUACAACAAUCUCUGUAUUCUCUCAAAGCUCUGGUUCCUGUAUCCUCUCGUUCUCUCCACUCAACAACAACAAGAAGAAACCGAGAUGGCCAUGUCUGCAAUCGGAUUCGAAGGCUACGAGAAGCGGCUUGAAGUUACUUUCUUUGAGCCUGGUCUCUUUCUUGACACUCAAGGCAAAGGUCUCCGUGCUUUAUCCAAGUCUCAGAUCGAUGAGAUUCUUCAACCUGCUGAGUGCACGAUCGUUUCAUCUCUCUCCAACGAUCAGCUCGACUCUUAUGUUCUCUCUGAGUCCAGUCUCUUUAUCUUCCCUUACAAGAUCGUUAUCAAGACUUGCGGCACUACUAAGCUCCUCCUCUCUAUUGAGCCACUCUUGAGGUUAGCUGUUGAGCUCUCUCUUGAGGUUAAGGCAGUGAGGUACACUCGUGGAAGCUUCCUCUGUCCUGGAGGCCAACCAUUCCCUCACCGUAACUUCUCUGAAGAAGUCUCUGUUCUUGACGGUCACUUUGCUAAGCUGGGGUUGAGCAGUGUUGCGCACUUGAUGGGCAACGAUGAUGAAACCAAGAAGUGGCAUGUUUACUCUGCAUCUGCCGAGAAGGCCAACAACAACAACAACAAUGUAUACACGCUCGAGAUGUGUAUGACUGGUCUGGACAGAGACAAGGCAUCUGUGUUCUACAAGAACGAAUCAAGCUCGGCUGGUUCCAUGACUGAUAACUCUGGCAUCAGGAAGAUCCUUCCUCAGUCCCAAAUCUGUGACUUUGAGUUUGAGCCAUGUGGCUACUCAAUGAACAGCAUCGAAGGUGAUGCGAUCUCCACCAUCCAUGUUACUCCAGAAGAUGGUUUCAGCUACGCUAGCUUUGAAGCAGUGGGAUACGAUUUCACAACCAUGGACUUGAGCCACCUGGUAUCAAAAGUGCUAACAUGCUUCGAGCCAAAGCAAUUCUCAGUAGCUGUUCACUCUAGCGUCGCACAGAAGGGGUACAACUCAGGUCUCUCUGUGGACCUAGAUGAUUACGGAUGCAGUGAGUUGACAAUGGAGUCUCUAGGAGAAGAGAGAGGAACAAUGAUUUAUCAGAGGUUUGAGAAGCUAGGGAAGUAUUGCGGUUCUCCGAGAUCUACCUUGAAAUGUGAGUGGAGCAGCAACAGUAGCUGCAACAGCGAUGACGAGAAGGAAUAAGGGGAAAUCUUCUAAUAAGCUCAAGUUAUCUUACUUUGUUAUCUCGAAUAAGAAUGUGUUAUGGAUAUUUUUUCUUCUUCUGUUCUAUCCCUUAAACCAGUGAUUGUGUCUGGUCUAUGUGAAUUCGGAUGAUCAAGUUUUAUGAAAAUAUAUAUCUAUUAUUAUGAUCAUUUUCAUGAUUUUAGUGUCUUAUAAAAAGAGUAACUUUCUUUGU